GGCGGUGACGCAGAGCCGUGUCCCGACGGCUGUGGCACUUCCCGGGCAAAGGCUGCUGCUGAUAAGGCAGGUGGAGCUGGCGGGACUGUCCCCGGCCCAGGAAGGGACGUCGGCUGCCGUUGAGCACAGGGGGAUCGGGAAGGGAGUCGAGCCGAGGAGGGAGGCUGGGACAGUGCCGGGAGUCCCUGGGCAGCAGGUCAGCAGCGCCCGGGCGGCUUCGCGGGAGGCGGUGGAGGCCCGGCCCGGCCCGGGAUGGCGGCGCGGCCAGCGCUGCCCGGCUCGGUGCUCCUGGUGCUGGCGGUGCUGUUGCUGUCGGCGGCGCAGGAGCCGGUCCCGCGGGUCAGCCUGCCCUAUGACUCGGCUGAGCGGGUCGUGCAGCGGUUCGAGGUGCCUGGCGUGACCAACUACACAGCCCUGCUGCUGAGCCCGGACGGUGGCACGCUCUACCUGGGGGCACGUGAGCUGCUUGUUGCUGUCAACACCAGCCACUUCCAGUCCGGGACACUGGCUCACAGGCUGCCAUGGAGUGCAGAUGAGGAGAAGAAGAGGCAGUGCGUGUUCAAGGGGAAGGACCCCCAGAGAGAUUGUCACAAUUACAUCAAGAUGCUGCUGCAGCUGAAUAGCACCCACCUCUACACCUGCGGGACCUGUGCCUUCAGCCCAGCCUGUGCCUACAUCAACGUGCGGCACUUCAGCCUGGAGCGGGACGCGCUGGGGAGGGUGCUGCUGGAGGACGGGAAGGGCCGGUGCCCCUUUGACCCGGAGUACCGCUCCACGGCCGUCAUGGUCGACGGCGAGCUCUACGCUGGGACCGUCAGCAACUUCCAGGGCAACGAGCCCACCAUCUCCCGCAGCCAGGACAGCCGCAUCGCCCUCAAGACUGAGAACUCCCUCAGCUGGCUGCAGGACCCGGUCUUCGUGGGCUCAGCCUACCUGAGGGAGAGCCUGCCCGCCGGCAACCCCGAGGGUGACGACGACAAGGUCUACUUCUUCUUCAGUGAGACCGGCAAGGAGUUUGACUACUUCGAGAACACCAUUGUCUCCCGCAUCGCCCGUGUCUGCAAGGGGGACCAGGGCGGGGAGCGCGUGCUGCAGCGGCGGUGGACGACCUUCCUGAAGGCACAGCUGCUCUGUUCACACCCCGAGGACGGCUUCCCCUUCAACGUGCUGCAGGAUGUCUUUGUGCUCACCCCGGGCGAGCUGCGCUGGCGUGAGACGCUCUUCUAUGGGGUCUUCACCUCGCAGUGGAACAAGGGUGGCCUGGGCAGCUCGGCCGUGUGCGCCUUCCCCAUGCGCAGCGUGCAGCGCGCCUUCGGCGGGCUCUACAAGGAGGUGAACCGCGAGACGCAGCAGUGGUACACCGACACGGGCCCCGUGCCCGAGCCCCGGCCGGGCACGUGCAUCAGCAGCCACACGCGGCACCUGAAGAUAAACUCGUCCCUCCAGAUGCCAGACCGGGUGCUGAACUUCAUCAAGGACCACUUCCUGAUGGACAGCCCUGUGCGCAGCCAGCCGCUGCUGCUGCAGAGCCGCCUGCGCUACCAGCAGAUCGUCGUCCACCGCGCGCAGGCCCUCCACGGCACCUACGACGUCCUCUUCCUGGGCACGGAUGAUGGCCGAUUGCACAAGGCUGUGCGUGUGAACCGUGGUGUGCACAUCAUCGAGGAGAUUCGCCUCUUCCCUGCUGGCCAGCCCAUUCUCCAGCUGCUGCUGGACCACAACCAGGGCCUGGUCUAUGCAGCCACCUACACAGCGGUGGCUCAGGUGCCCUUUGCCAACUGCAGCCUGUACCGCAGCUGUGGUGAGUGCGUGCUGGCACGGGACCCCUUCUGUGCCUGGAGCCGGGGUGCUUGCCGUAGGGCCACCCCACACCCCGUGGCACACCCACAGCUCUGGGCACAGGACAUUGAGGAUGCUGACACUGAGCGGCUCUGCCAGCUGGCCAACAUUUCCUAUCCCCGUCCCCGCAUCUUCUUGACCCCAGCCUCAGGUGUCCAUUGCCAGCAGAUCCAGCUGCCACCCAAUGCAGUGCGGCCACUGCCUUGCCAGCUGCUCUCCAACCUGGCAUCGCGGCGCUGGCUGCACAACGGGACGCCUGUCAACGCCUCCUACCUGGUGCUGCCCGACGGGGCACUCAUUCUGGUGGGCAGCCCCGAGCGGGCUGGCACCUACGAGUGCUGGUCGCUGGAGGAAGGCUUCCGUAAGCUGAUGGCCAGCUACUGCGUGGGCGUGCAGGAGCCGACCCGUGGGCUGCCGGACCCCGGCAGGAAGGCGGGCACCGGACAGGACACCCUGGAGACCGUCAGCACGUCGCGGAGCACCUCAGCCGUGGGCAGUGCUGCGGCCCGGCUGGAUGGCAAGACCUACUGGACCGAGUUCCUGGUGAUGUGCGUGCUCUUUGCCGUCACCGUCACCAUCCUGGUGCUGGCCCUCUUCCUCCUGCACCGUCACCGCCACGGCACGAAAUCCCUGCUGGAGCCCAGCGAGUGCAGCCGCCACCAGAAGCCACCCCGCAAGCCGGUGGAGAGCCUACCCCUGAAUGGCAGCAGCCUGCCCAGUGCAGUGCCGGAGCACAAGGGCUACCAGGCCCUGCAGGACAACUACAUCGUCAGCACCCCCGUGCAUGAGCCCCCUGGCCCCCAACAUGCCUUCUCCGAGUCGGAGAAGAGGCCUCUCCACAUCCGGGACAGCUUUGUGGAGGUGUCUCCUGCCUGCCAAAGACCCCGGGUACGCCUGGGCUCUGAGAUCCAGGACUCAGUGGUGUGACAGGGACAUUGCCCACGAUCCUGCUCAGCUGAGCCUCGCCACCGCGCGGCACCGGGGUCCGUGUUGUCUAUGUGUGCAUGCCCGGAGCCCGCACCCUGCUGCGGGGCCGGAUCCACCUCAUCCUGUUGGGGCUUGGCUGCCCUGGGAGUUCCUCGGGCUCACCUCAGCCGCCGGGGUGGCACCAGAGGCCCCAGGUGUGAGGGGUGCCGUGUGCCUUCCAAGGACGCACAGGACUUUUCCCCCAGCCCAGGGGCAGAUGCGGCUCGGGCUGCCAGCGCGGCCCCGGUGCCGCCGGGACCCCCCUCUAUGCAGAGGGCAGGAGGGGGCAGGUGCAGCCCCCUCACACCCCACCUCACUGUGACAUCAUGCUGCGGGAGCCAGAGCCAGGCGAGCGGCCAGCCCGCAGCGUGUGCUGUGUGUCUGUGCUUGGGUUGGUUUUCAUGCGUGGAAAAUGUGAAUCGUGUCCCGGGGAGGGUGCAGGCAGCGGCUCAGCCCCGCGUCCCCGCGUCCCCACGUCCCCACGUGUGUGUGCAGAAACGUCUGUGGUUUUUAUAUAAAG